UCCUCGUCCUCCUCCUCGUCGUCGUCGUCGUCCUCGUCGUCGUCGUCCGCGGCGGGGGCCUCGUCGUCGUCGUCGUCGUCGUCGUCGGGCCUGGAGUCGUCGCUGGACCGGAAGCUGCAGUCGGUGACCAACACGAUGGAGUCCAUCCAGGGCCUGUCGUCCUGGUGCAUCGAGAACAAGAAGCACCACGGCACCAUCGUCUACCACUGGAUGAAGUGGCUGCGCCGAUCCGCCUUCCCCCACCGGCUGAACCUCUUCUACCUGGCCAACGACGUCAUCCAGAACUGCAAGAGGAAAAACGCCAUCGUCUUCCGGGAGGCGUUUGCCGAGGUGCUCCCCGAAGCGGCCGCCCUGGUCAAGGACCCGUCCGUCUCCAAGUCCAUCGAGCGGAUCUUCAAAAUCUGGGAGGAGAGAAACGUCUACCCGGAAGACACGAUCGUGGCGCUGAAGGAAGCUCUCAGUUCCACUUUCAAAACCCAGAAGCAGCUGAAGGACAGCCUGAACAAACCACCAAACAAGCCAUGGAAGAAAACGCCAACCUCCUCGAACCCGAAGGCCGCCCUGAAGUCGAAGAUCGUCGCCGAAUUCAGAUCGCAGACCCUGAUAGAUGAGCUGCUGCUGUCCAAGCGCUCCGAGGACCAGAUGGAGCUCAAGGAGAAGCAGCUGGCCACCAUGAGAGUGGACGUGUGCAGCACCGAGACCCUCAAGUGUCUGAAAGAUAAGACGGGCGGCAAGAAGUUCUCCAAGGAGUUUGAGGAAGCCAGUUCGAAGCUGGAGGAGUUUGUCAACGGGCUGGACAAGCAGGUGAAGAACGGGCCCUCGCUGACGGAGGCGCUGGAGAACGCCGGCAUCUUCUACGAGGCUCAGUACAAGGAGGUCAAGGUGGUGGCCAACGCCUACAAGACGUUCGCCAACCGCGUCAGCAACCUGAAGAAGAAGCUGGACCAGCUGAAGUCCACCCUCCCGGACCCCGAAGAGUCUCCGGUGCCCUCGCCCAGCGUGGACGCGCCCUCGCCCACGGGCUCCGAGUCCCCCUUCCAGGGCAUGGGGGGCGAGGCCUCGCCCUCGCCGGCCGCCGAGAGCGAGAAGUCGGGCUCGCCGGCCCCCGCCACGGACAACCGCGACGUGGAGGACAUGGAGCUGUCCGACGUGGAGGACGACACGGCCAAGAUCAUCGUGGAGGACCGGAAGGAGAAGCCGGCGGCCGAGAAGCCGGCCGGGCCCGCGCCCGCCUCCGCGCCCGUCCCGGCCAAGCCGGCCGACUGCCCCCCGAAGGCGGCGCCCGGCCCCCCGGCCCCCACCCUGGCGGCCACGUCGCCGACCCCGCCGCCCCCUAAGCCGGCCACCCCGGCGCCUCUGCCGCCGUCCCCCGCCCUGGCCCUGCCCAACCUGGCCAACGUGGACCUGGCCAAGAUCAGCUCCAUCCUCAGCAGCCUCACGUCCGUCAUGAAGAACACGGGGGUGAGCCCCGCGUCGAGACCGUCCCCGUCCGCCCCCACCAGCCCCUCGGCCCUGACGGGGGGCCCGAAAGCGCCGGCCCCGGCCCCCGCGGCUCCCCCGAACCCGCUGGCCAACAUCCUGUCCAAGGUGGACAUCACCCCGGAGAGCAUCCUGUCCGCCCUGUCCAAGACCCAGGCGCAGGCCGCCCCAGGGCUGCAAGGUCUGUCGUCCCUGCUGCAGAGCGUGACGGGGGCCCCUCCCGGCGCCGUCGGCGAAGCCGGGCCCCAGAGCGGCUCCGCGGGGUCUCCGGCGUCCAGCCUGAAGGGGCGGCCCGCGGCCCCCUGCGCGCCCGCCUUCGGUGCCAAGAGCUUCGGCUACUCGCCCGACUCGGAGGCGGCGGGGCCGCCCGCCCUGGCCGGCGGUAAGGCCGCCUCCCCCGGGGUCGCCCCCUCCUUCAAGCCUCCCGCCAACUCCCUGGGCUUCGCCGGCCCCCUGACCGUCGGGCCGGCCCCCGCGCCGCCGGCCGAGGGCCCCCCGGGCCGGCCGCCCGAGGCCCCCCCUGGCCGGCCGGAGGCGGAGCCGGCCUCGCCCAGCCUGGAGAUGAAGAUCCACAACUUCCUGAAGGGCAACCCGGGCUUCAGCGGGCUGAACCUCAACAUCCCCAACCUGGGGGGGCUGGGGGCGGGCCCGGCCCCCGGGGCCCCGGCCGACGGCCACCCGGCCGACUUCCCGCGCGGGCCGGCCCUGGACAACGUGGACGGCACCCCGGUGCGGGACGAGCGGGGCGGGACGCCCACCCAGGACGAGAUGAUGGACAAGCCCCCGGCGGGGGCGGGGCCCGGGGCGGGCGGCGUGGACCCCGUGGCCCUGCUGUCCAAGAUCAUCAGCCCGGGCUCCUCCACGCCCAGCAGCACCCGCUCCCCGGGCCGGGACCCCGGCUACGGCCCCUCGGAGCCCCCGGGCCCGGCCUCCGGCCCGGGCUCCCCGCGGGACGACUUCUACCCGGCGGCGGACGCCCCGUUCCGCGAGGACGAGGAUUACCGGGACUUCGAGUACUCGCGGCCCGCGGCCCCGGAGGGGGGCGGCGCGCUCGCCGACGGCCCCUCCGGCUACCGGCCCAUCCCGCCCAGCUACGGCCGCCCCCGGGGCCGGGGGUUCGGGCCGGAGACGCCCUUCCCGCCGGCCGUGAGGGCCCUGCUGGAGCCGGCCGAGGGCCGCGAGCGGGCCGCCUCCUCGCCGGGCCUCUACGGCGCCUACGGCCCCGACCGCUCCCCGCCGCCCGGCGAGGCGGACCCCUUCUUCGGCGGCGGCGGCGGCGGCGGCCGGGCCCGGGAGGGCUACCCGGACUCGCCGCCCGCGGGCCCGGCCCGGCCCCUCUUCUCGGCCCCGGCCGCGGACAAGGUCCCGGCGUCCGCCCUGUCGGCCACGUCGACGACGGAGUUCAAGAACAUGCUGAAGAACGCCUCCUCGCGCAAGCCCUCGGACGACGGCGGCGGCAAGCGUUUCGGGCCGCCCGGCGAGCCCCAGGGGGGCCCGGCGCCGCCGGCCGAGGAGCGCUACCGCAUCGAGACGCGGGUCUCGUCCUCGGCGUCCUCGGCGGUGGCGGCGGCCUCGUGCCCGGACCCGGCCGACGGGGCCCGGGAGAAGGGGGAGCCCAUCGAGACCCUGGGCUACCGCAACGCGGCCAGCCGCCGGAUGUCGGGGGGCGAGCCCAUCCAGACGGUGGAGUCCAUCCGCGUGCUGGGCAAGGGGGGCCGCGGCCCCGGGCGCGAGGGGGCCCGCGGGGCCAGCUGGUUCGAGCUGAGCGGGCCCGGCGGCGCCUUCGACAACGGGCCCUCGGCCGGGGCCGCCGCCGCCGCCGCCGAGCUGCCCUCCCUGGGCGGGUUCAAGGCGCCGCCGUACAAGGAGCGGGGGCCCCCGUUCGCCGACGGCGGCGGCGGCGGCGUCAACAGCUUCCGCCCCAACAGCUUCGCCGCCGUGGCCGCCUUCGACCGCCACCUGCCCCCGCCGCCCCUGGUGGAGCCCCCCAAAGAGCACGGGGGGCUCUUCGCCCGCGACCGCCUGGCCCCCCCCGCCGAGGCCCUGGCCCACGCCGCCCCGCCGCCCCCGCCCGGGGCCGAGCACGGCGGCGGCGGCGGCGGCGGCGGCGGGGUGCCCUUCCCCGGCCCGCCCCCGCCCCCGCCGGGGGCCGAGCACGCCGGCGGCGGCGGCGGCGGCGGCGGGGUGCCCUUCUCCGGCCCGCCCCCCGUGGACCACGGCGGGGUCGGGGUCCCCUUCCCGGCCCCGCCCCUGGGGGACCUGGCCGGGGUGGCGGGCCUCCCGCUCUUCUCCAAGGAGCACGCGGCCGCCGCCCUCCUGCCCGCCGCCCUGAAGGAGCGCUUCGGGGUGCUGCCCGCCCCGCCCCGGGACCUCAACGGGCCCGCCCUGGCCCGCGCCCGCGACGGCCUGGGCCUCCCCGGGCGCGGGGGCGGCUGUGCGGGGGGCGGCCCCGCCCCGCCCAGGGACGCCGGGGCCGGGGCCGGCGGGCUGGUCCUCAGGAGCCCGCGCCCGGACUUCAGGCCCAGGGACCCUUUCCUCAGCCGGGACCCCUUCCACAGCCUCAAGCGGCCCCGGCCGCCCUUCGCCCGGGCCCCGCCCCCGUUCUUCGCCCCCAAGCGCCCCUUCUUCCCGCCCAGGUACUGAGCGCUCCCGCCGGGGGUCCCCUUCCCUCCCUCCUCCCUCCCGCCCCGGCCGCGGCGCAUCCGCCGGAGCUUCCCGCCCCCCGC